UUGCUUCGGUCCGGUUCAGUCCAUCUGAAGCCUUCGUCAAAAUUGCAUCCUUUGAAAAUUGACGAUCUUGUCGUUUUAAUUCAAGGCUACACACGUGGGGUAUAACAUAGACAAAUAUCGGAAGUGUAUUCUAGUGUUAUCAAGAACAAAUUUCCUUCUUUCUCUUAUUUUUUCCAUCAUUUGGAUUACACACGAUGUGGAGGAUCAUUAUUGCUGGUUUUUGCACAGUCGCUGCAACGGUUGCUCAAGAUUAUGAAGUCUCGGAGAUCCAAUGCGGUGGGGCAGGCUCGGCCAAUGAUUUAUUAACUGCAAAAAUAAAAAGGCCUGUUGGUUUUAGAGGUGCUCCUCUCUUUGCCGAUGACAGAGCCGCUGACCCUCUCACAGAUAUUAAUUGUCAAAUAAGGCCAGAUCCUAAUGAUCCGCAGGAGGAUAAUUAUUUCUUGAAAGUGACGGACUUCACUCGUUGCGGAAUCUUGAAGAGAAAUGGAUUCAUUCAUCUCAGGGUGUGGUUCCCGGCAUUUCCUGGAGUCGUAAUGCUUGCAGAUCAGGAAUUAAUUUUAAUGUGUCGUCCACCGGAGCCAACAUUAUUGAGGCACAAAGCUGCCGGAUUCGCUGGAACCUUUCCACAUGGAGCGAGAGUUUCUGGAGUAGUGGAAGAGACACCAGGACGUUUGGAGUACGAAGUUGCACUUUAUCGUGAGGCCGCUGGCAAUUCAUCUGAUCCGAAUCAAAGUUCCCAAACGGUCGAUCAGGCCGUUCCGAUUGGCACUAAAUUACAAUUGAGAGCUCGCAUCAGCGCCGAAAGUGCAUGGGGUUUCAUAAAACUUUUAGAAGUCACAGUCAGUCCCGAUCCCGAUCAGCCACACGCUCCAGGAAGUGUUUUCCUCGUGAAGGACGGUUGCAGAAAUCGUGAUUUCGCCUCGAUUAUUCCCCAUCAGCCGGCUCGAUAUCGUGACAAAAAAAAUGAAGUCUUCCUUGAUUUCGAAGCAUUUCUCCUGAGUUCAAUGAGAGACAGAUCAACACUUUGGAUUCAUUCGCAAAUUAAGGCGUGUAUGGAACCCCAGGACUGUCAACCGGAUUUCUGUCUGGAUUUGUUCGAACCGUCAGGACAUGGAAAACGCAGAAGAAGAACGUCCGAAAAAGAAGAUUCAGAGAAAGAUUUGUCCUUCCCGAGGGUUGAGAGAUUAAUUCAAAAAUACAAUGAUUCGACUCCUUUCACAAAAUUCAAGGAAAAUAUCGAGUAUACCGUCAUGAUGCCAGACGAUGUUUACGACAGGAUGACAUCAGGUUUCGAAAGCAGUUGUGGAAGUUUCCUUUACGUGGCAACAGGCCUUGGGGCCUUGUUGGUCCUUUCUGCUUUAAUUAUGUGCUAUCUGGCGUCUCGUCUCCAAAGUAUUUCCCAAUUACCUCACAAUAAAACCAUCGACGAACUUGUCAGAGAUCGUGCUAGAAAAUAUUACGAACCAUCGUCCGGUUACACUGCUCGAUCAACUAUACAAUAAAUAACUAAUUUUCAAAUACACGACAAAAAAAAAGAGAAUCAUUCGUAAAAUCUUUGGUGGUUUUAUUUUCUUAUAAACUGAGAUAUUUUUUUAAUUAAACACAAUUAAAAACUUAUUUUUAAGACAAAUCUUCUCUCUAAAAAUGGAGUAUUAUAUUGUUUGUUUUAAUAUGACAAAUACUGUACUGAUUUUUUUUCUCCAAAUAACGCAAUGCUAUUUCGU